AUGAAGGGCUCAAUUUUCACUUUAUUUCUACUCUCUUUCCUACUCGCCAUCUCAGAAGUGAAGAGUGAGGGUUCGCUGAAGCUCUGCGGGAAAGACUUCAUCAGAGCAAUCAUCUAUAUCUGUGGUGCCUCUAGGUGGAGACGGCAUCUGGAGGGGAGCCUUCCAGUUCAGCAAGCUGAGAGAAGAAAUUACUUCCAUCUCCCAAAUGAACAUGAAGUUUCUGAGGAAAUCACAGUGCAUAACCUUCCGAAGCCGGACUCCACAGUAGAGGAACUUGCUCAGGAUGGACAGCUGCCCAGGGGAGACGUGUGGGAGCCCAGGAAGCAUUCAGUGAAGUCAAGAAGAGACCUCUCUGUUAUGUGCUGCACUGCUGGCUGUAGCAUGGCUGAUCUGAGCUCUUUUUGUUAA